GGCGAAUUUACAUGACAGAAUCUUGUUUGUCAUAGACACAGUCUCUCCUUUAUGCACUAGCUGCGUUAUGAGCUUUCAGCGCCCCACAGCGCGAACAUCAUGCCGCCGCUGCCAAUUGAAAAAGACAAGGUGCAACAAAGUCGACCCCCGAUGCGACAAAUGCGAGGCCGCAGGCGCGGAGUGCAUCUAUGUACCACGCAAAUCUCGACCCAGGAAGCCAUGGGGAGUUGAUGAUCAGAAUAUCUUGAGCAGCAUUCUCAGCCGGCUGGACCGGCUGGAAGACCAUUGUGAGCUGGAUCGUCUACGAGAGGACUGUACAUAUGCUGCUCGUUCAAUGUCUGUAUCUUCGGCCAGUUCCGGAGUUGAAGGUCUGGUUCCAAUAGAGUUAAAUCCGGGACAUGGGGAUGGCUCUUGUGAUCAUGAUGCGCGAGGGAUGAUACGGGGGUUAUGGAAUCAGUUUAACCAUCCAGCGACACGUUCCGAGGCUCUAUCUGGCAUAUUGUGCCAUCUCAAGCCCCUGGAAUCUUGCAUUUUACAAAGCGAAAAGAUUAAGACCGCUGUAGAAGCGGCAAUCGAAGAUCCUGGCUCUUUUACUGAUUAUACCGCCCUGGAGGUUGCGCCAGAUCCCCCUAUGGUCCCUAGGGAUGUAGCGCGGAAAUGGAUAAAAAAAUAUCAUGACUGCCAUCAGGUUAAUGGCCCCCGGACACAUCUAGACAAGGACUUCUUAAUGGCCUUGCCUGACUUGCUGGAAACGCGACACGUCCAAAUAGAUUAUACUGCGCAGAUAAUCUAUUAUAAUGUUCUUCUACAUGGAAGCAUGCUGGAUCAUGACUUCCCUACCAAACGUGACAUUGUCAAUCGCGUCUCCGAAUCGUGCAUCAAGAUAGGAGCGAGUUGGCUUGAGCUGGCAGGGAGCACUGCUGCAGAUCUGUCGGCGGCGUGCAUCAUGGUAUCGCUCGCCCUUGAGGAGGCUGAAUUUGAACUGGCCUGGAAAGCCCUCGGCCAUGCAAGCUCUGUUGCGCGAACACUGGGUUAUUUUUGGGUUGACGGCAAAGAGCCACCACAAGAGGACGAAUCUUCGAUUCGCCGACCAGAGGUAGAGAGGAACCAACAGCGUUUCGAGUUCUGGCAUCUACUUCGAAUGGAUUGCAUGUUCCGGCUUUCUUUUGGCAAACCAACUCUCAUUCCAGCAGGAUCCUGGGCUGUGAACUUUCCUGAUCCUACCAUCACUGGCAAUGAUGAUCCGGAUAUGCGCUUUGUUCAAAUCCAUUUUCUCGCUUCUAUGCGCCAGACACUUGUUAUGCUCAAAUACCUGGAUAAGAUCGAUGGUUUAGGAGAGACAUUAGAUGAGAAGACGGCUGGUGAUCUGGCUAUGCAGAUACAUAUGACUAUCGAAACAUGGAACCCGGACCAGCUUCUUAGGAUGACUACCAACCAUGUCGAUGCUUGGUUUGCGCUAGAUAUUCUCCUAGGCGCCUAUAAACUGCUUAUCAUCCUCGAUCUGCAUGUCAAUGGCCACUGGAAUAAUGUCCGUUUGCCAUCUACUAGUGUUGAUCUUGCCAGGCGCUCACUGGAAGUGUACCGGGCCUUUAUGGGAUCAACUUCAUAUGCACACUGGGGAACCAGCCUUACCCUUCUUCAUCAGUUCAUUCCAUUCGUGAUAUUAUCCACCCAUGUUAUCCAAUCACAGAGCCUUGAGGUCCACCCAGAUCUUGAAUUAGUCUACUGGAUGAGGGACUUCCUUCAGACAACAGCACAGGAACGGGUUAAGCUGAGACCUGUGGUAUAUAUGAUGAUGGUUAUGGCUCGUCCUUGUGAGAAGGCUACCGAUGAUUAGAUCAACGGUACAAGGUUACC